AUGCCCGCCCAUAGCGAAGGCAAACGACCUCCGUCUGGAGGUCACCUCUUUCUCAUUUUGCUCUUACUCGUCCAAUUCUUCUCGGUCGCUGCACGCAGCUCCCAACCACAGAACAAAUUUGGCUUAAACAAACCCAACCGGGCCACAAACAAAAUUGUCAUCGCUACACUUGUAGCCCCGCAUCUUAUACCGGCCACUGCUCGAGGAACAGCUAUUGCAGAUUCCUCGUUCGCCUCGAGAUACACGCGCCGUACAACCUUGAUUUCCACUGCUGCCGCCGUCGGAUACCAGGUCUACAAACAUCAGGACUCUGUCAAGUAUACAGCCAAACAGUACAUUGGCCACCCUUCAUAUUGGAUCACUUCCCUCAUCACCUGGUGGAGAGGGGAGACUAGCAGCAACUUCCGACGCAGUGCACCCGUGGUGUUCGAACUCCCUCCGGCACCAGUUCAACCUAACCCCCCGUUCAGUCUGAAAGCGAACGAGACACUCCUCGCCUCAGGCAGGCUUCCGAUCGUCCUCGACCUUAAUCAUGAUCUAUUCGUCUUUUCCAUGACUCAUUACCGAUCCACCUUUCUUUCAACAUCGGUCCCUCCGCCUUCGCAUUCGAAUUCCUGGGCGGUAGGCAGCCCCAGUCCGUGGCCACCCUGUCCCACCUCAGCCACCACUGGGAACAACCGGUCACAGACUGGUUCCAGUUCUGGAGGAAGCGGUUCCAGUGGCUCGGAAAGUCGAGGGUAUUACAGAGGUGCUGAAGGAUCGACGAAUGGUAGGGCCAGAGUUCGCCCUUCGUUUAAGGGGAAGGAGAAGGCCGCCCCUGAAGACUCCGACGAGAGCGACGAAGAAGACCAAGAGGAAACGCGUCCAGAAGACCAGGAUAACCACCAGAUCAAAGAGGAGGAUAUUGAAAGUGACUCGUUGCUUGGCGAGCGUCCCACUUACGACCAACGAUUGCCAUCAACGAACGAAAACCCCAACCUUCGCUUGGCUCGGGUGCUCGCCGAAAACAUCCAGCUUGCAAGAGUCCGAGGCCUAUCGCGCUCCGCGUCUCAGGUCCCCGAGUUUCCUAGGCCAGUCAGAAGGUCUUCAAGACCGACUAGGACAUCACUUCCGCGACGACCCUCCAGUCUUCGAAUGGCGACAACUUACCUGCCCGACUACCAUACACCAGGCUCAGCACCACGGGAAGGGGAAAUCGACGUACUUAUCCCAGUGGAUUUCAACGACGAUUCAUCGACCUCCGACCUAGAAGAUGACGACGUAGUACGCACUGCGACCUGGCUCAGAAAUGCACGACCUAGCCCAAGCUUGGGUAGGUAUGUUCGAGCCCGUGCCCCCGAACCGGAAAGUCCUACACCUCCUGCGCGGGGAGAUAUUCCUCGGCCCGAAGACAGCGACUCCGAACCCGAAAAUGAGCCUCCUGGCCCCGACGACAGCGAUCCCGAUCCUGAGGAUGAGCCCCCUGCUGGAUCCGAACCAGAUGACGGCGAUCCGGAAGGCCCAUCUCCUCCUCAAGACAGCGGGCUGGGUCCACAUCUUCCCGGCCCAUGGGGGAUAGUCCUGUGGUGGAUCAUCCUCCUGAUAUUGGUCAUUCAUGUCAUUCUCAACCCUACCUCGGUUGGCCCUGUACGACACUUCAAUGGUCACACCGUCAGGCCUUUCAAAUUAGAUAUAAUUCGAACAAUGUUGAAUCAAGCGUCCCCCUCGUUAUAUCCAUUCAGAUACACUACGUCGGAGACACUCAUGACCGCUUUGGGCGAUGCUAAUCGACAAUCACCUUUCCCCUCUGCCAGCCCAACUGUUCGGUCUCCCACUUCAACAUCCACCGCCACGCAUUACGAACCAAUCCUCAUCCCUCGAAGUCAAUGGUCGGGAUGGGAACCAAUCUUCGAGAUAUCCUCCACAUCUGCGCCCAAACAAUCUCCCUCGAUGUCUGCUGAUCCCACUGGAAGUCGGUCCAACGUUUCCGGAUCGUCCCCUGCACCAGGUGCCGCCGCCGAACCGACGGUUUACAAUAUCAUCAAACCGGGAUCUACCAUCCGAACAUCAAUCGAUACAGAAGCACAUACCACUAUAUUUGCAGACCUCGGCCCAUUGGUGCAUGAAUGCAUCAGGUCCGCUUGCGAAGACGCAACCCCGAUCGCGAUAAUUGGAGUCAUUCACCACAGCACCAGCACGGUUUCCUUCCCGUCGUUGUGGUCAACGCUGAAAGCCACGUUCUUCGGCCUUCCGGAACCCAUCGCAGAGUACUUCGAUUUUGGGACCCUUCCUAACGAAUGGUCCAUAGUCUACGACUGCCAGCCCCUACGGUACCUCGAAUCAGCAGCGCUGUUAUCGGUCCGGGGUUUGGCGAAUGUCUGGAAUGCCCUUUCUGCGAAGUGCGACUCUGUUCUGCGUAUCUUGGACCACAGUGGACGGCGAGUAAUCAAGGCUGUUGACAGCUAUACCGUCCUUCUCCUCGUAGUUUGGGUCAGCUCUGCCUUUUGGUGCCUGGCUUCGACUGACGAAGAAGAUCUGGUGCGCAUCUUGAAGGAGGUUUGCAUCCGCAGAUUAGGGAUGCGACUUCGGGUUGAUGAACCGCGGCUGGAACAGAGGGAGAGGAUGAUGGAAACAAAGGCGAGGAGGAGCGGGGAAGGAAAAGGAAGACGAAGGGGAGGCACGUACUACUCGAAAGAACACUCCGUUCGACGCUCGAAGAGCAGAGCUCAAAGGCUGUCGACGAUGAGAAGGUCUAGGCUGGCCAGUGCAUUGUCGAGAGCAGCGGAUACCCUCCCCAGCGGGGAGCUGGAGGUCGACUUCUCGCAUGCACAUAGUUCAAGUUGGCAAAAAUCACCGAUGUUCUCCGUUCCUGUGAUGGACUCCAGCGGAGACACCGAGCUACCAUCCGAUUUCUAUAAUGACAGCAUGAGCUGUAUCUGGAAUCCGCAACUAGGACGGGAGUUGCGUCAACUGGAAAAAACGGACGAUGUGCAUUGGCUCACGGACGAAAACGAUGGAGAGGAUGGCAACAGGUCCAGCGAAGGAGAGCAAGGCUAUUGGGGUGUGGUGGACACAAGUGUCUAUGCGAACCUCACUGAGGAUCUGGAAGUAGAGUACGACGACGAUGACCCUUUCAACCCGAAUCUCAGGGACACACGACUGACGACCUGGCCGUUGCCGAGCAAAUUCUUCAAUGACGAAGACUCAGGCGGCUUUACAGCUCUCAACAACAGUGUUUCAGCAACUGCAUCCUCCCCUCAAUCCAUCGAACAUUCUCCUCUACGACGGAAGAAAAUAACGUUCAAUCCUGCAACAGUCAAUUGGCCGCAACCGAGAAUUCGGGAUACGUACCUCACCCGACGACUUUUUGGCAAAGCCCGCGCCAACGAAAUACCAGGCAAUAGGCUUCCUACUCCACGCCCAAGAGAAGCGACCACUCCGAAGACUGACGUCCGAGUGUACUAUGAAAUUGCUACUUCGAAAGGCCUGCUCGGUAGAUCCCCUGGUGCAUGA